AUGAACGCAGACUGGAGAUCCCCUGUUCAGCCUGAUCAUCUUGAGUCAGAUGUGAAGCAAGACACAAAUUAUCCGCAAUUCCUCAAAGAGCAAGAUGCUAUGGACAACAUGUUAUGGGGGGAUGUAGCCAUCUCUCCAACCAACCCGUGGUCCGACUCUCAGGAUAUUACUUAUUUUGAGAGAGGCUCGAUCAUGGACUUGGGAUGUGUGUGCAACUACUUCCCGCCCCUCUACUGCGCACGGCACGGCAUAGAUUUUGAUACGUUCAAAGACAACGACAUGCCACUACCAUCAUUCGAUCCGGGACAGACAAUCACACAUUCCGACGAUGUUCUAGAAUCAGUGGAAGCCGCGCCAGGACAUCUUGAGCUUACUGAGGAAAGCCUUACUGGUCAAUCUCUAUUCCAGAGCUUUCAGAACCCUUUUGAGAUGGGUCAAGAUGAUCCUGGUAUAUCCACCAACGACCGAGACAUUCCAACACCAAAGUACCUGGACGCUCAUCUCUCCCCGAGACCUCCUCGUCAAAAUCGGUCGGGACGUUCGAAGAUUCCACCAAGAGACAAGCGCAUCCUAAAGGCACACUUCGCAAGGAACCCCUAUCCUACAGACAGUGAAUUGGACGAGCUGCACAAACGCACGAGCCUGGCCAUAAAAUGUAUCAAGACAUGGUUCAAUAACUUCAGACAUCGAACAGCUCCUCAUCGCUCUCUGAUAAUUCGGUCGCCGCCGGAAACACCUAAGCGUGACAUGUCAGAGACACCCUCGCAAGCGUCGACAUCUGUCUCAGCAGAGAGUCUAAGGAGGCUAGAUCGAGCGUCGCCGGCCCAGAGUACAAGUUCUCUCGAGCGAUAUCUUGCGACCCCUCUUAUAGAAGAAGCCAUACCUUCAGCUGCUAUCAAGCCACUAAUGGAGGCUUCCAUCAUGAGUAAGCACGAUGUUGUCCUGGAACGCAAGAGGAACAUGAGGCAAGGAAACCUGGAGCGACGAUUCAAUGCAGACGCGGAGCGACGAUUCAGGGCAGACGCGGAGCGACAGUUUAACGAGACCCUACAGCGAAAAGGUUUCAAGACGAAAGCUAUCAGAUCCACCUUGCGAAGGACCGGCGGGGCUGGUAGUGUAGCCGGGUCGGACAGCUCAAUGGAUUCUGGGAGCAGUGUGGGAAGCUGGACAAGUCAAAACUCUGCUGACUCCAGGGGUUCACGCAAAGGACGCAAGAGCUGGGUACAGGCGCCGAACCACAUUACCGCAGCCUCGCCAAGUUCCAAAGACCCUCCGCCCUUCGAAAUUCCCAUUGCAAUCUGA